CGGUAAUUUUGCUCGAAAUAUGUCACGAAAUUUUGUGAAAGUAACAUGGCCACGGCUUCUCAGUACUGUUUUUUAUCCGAAGUCCAAGAUGGCCGCGUUGGGCUGCCAGGAAAGCGAUGAUAGCUCCGUCAAUCUUUCAAAAUCACCGGUAUUUACUAACGAAACAACGGAAAACAUAAACGAUCAAGAUACUUCAGGAAUUCCUCUCCAGUCCUCGUGGACCUUUUAUCUUGACAAAGCGGUUCGAGGCACAACUGCUGAAGAGUACAAAGCCAAAUUGAAGAAAAUUUACACCGUUAAAACCGUGCAAGGCUUUUGGGCUGUUUACAACAAUAUACCGAAGCCGGAUGAAUUGAAGAUUACCUACAGUUAUCAUCUCAUGAGGGAUGGAAGACUCCCGAUGUGGGAAGAGGCUGUCAACCAGAAUGGCGGAACUUGGAGACUGAAAUGCUACAAACAUGAUACAGAAAAAGUUUGGAAGGAAGUAGUUCUCGCUGCUAUUGGCGAACAAUUUACGGACAGCAUUGCCGAAGGUGACGAGGUUUGUGGCAUCACUGUAUCCAUCAGGGAUAGGGACGAUCUCGUGCAGAUAUGGAACGUAAACAAAGAUCUAGUCAACGAAGCUACCGUUUUACAAAAAGUGCAUCGGCUCCUUCCGGAAAUCGACUUUCAAGCUGAAUUUUAUAAACCUCACCAGUCGCACCACGCUUAUAUGCGUCACUGAACAUGAAAAAUAUAUUUUUUACACAUACUUCCAAGUCUCCAGGCUAAUCGAUAAGGUAAAAAAUACGUCCGGAUUCAACGAAAAAAUAUCUUCGUGGAGCCCAAAAUGGUUAAUUGACCAGCUGUAUUGGACUUUCGAUAAAAGAUCACUUUUCAAAAAUUUGAGCAACGUCUCUAUAACGGCUUGCAGCGUCCUUUGUUUUGUAUACCGCAUAUGUUAAGAAGCGAACGCUUAUUUUUGAAACCAUGUGUUUUCUAUGAUGCGUUAUUUUUUAAAACACGUAUUGUCGCAGCUUUUCAGCUUUCGGGUGCCUUCGAGAACAUAGUUGAAUACAAGUCCCGAAACCAUUGCUUUCAGAAUAAUCUCUAUCUUCGAGACCGAUUUUCAAGAAGGAUUUACUAAAUCGCAUUGAUUGCAUAUAUCUUUACUUUUUUGAUUAAGAAUUCUCCAUGAAUCAAUUAUGGCUUAGAAAUCGGAAUGUCAAGAAUUUAAAUUCCGAUGAUCUCUUAAAUCAUAAUUAACAAUCACGAUUUAUAUAGGAAUGAGAAUAACGAAAAAUGUAUGCGACAUUAAUAAGAAAUAAUAUAAUUGAAGUCAGUUAUAAAAUAA